AUGAGGAUAUACAUCGGAGGUUUGGGAUUGAGCGUGCAAGAAGAUGAUCUGAAGAAGACAUUCACCUCGCCGCAGCUCGGUUCUGUUCAGUCCGUUGAGAUUAUUCGCUCCAAAGGCCGGAGCUUCGGGUACUUGGAGUAUGCACCCGCCUCCGACAAAGGCCUGGCCAAGCUCUUCAGCACGUAUAAUGGGUGCAUGUGGAAAGGGGGGAGGCUCAAACUUGAGAAGGCCAGAGAAGACUAUCUUUCUCGAUUAAGACGUGAAUGGACUGAAGAUGCGGAGCUUGAAAUGAAAUCUUCUAACCAGAUUGAGAAUGACAGCAUUCCUGCACCGAAAAAUCCCAAAGUGGACCAAGAUAUUAACAAGUUGCAGCUCAAUAUAUUUUUCCCCAAACUGAGGAAGAUAAAAUCUAUACCUCUAAAAGGAACGGGCAAGCACAAGUACAGUUUUCAACGUGUAGAAGUUCCUCCGCUUCCCAUCCACUUUUGUGAUUGUGAGGAGCAUUGCGGGCCUCUCAAAUUAGCAAAAAGAAAUACUGUAGAUCAUCACGAGACGAGAAAUAUUGAUGAUAAACAUGAGAUGGACGCUUAUGGGGUGAAUGAGGACGAGCUCAACAUGAUGAAAUCAAUAUUGGGCAAGCUUUUGGAGGAUGAGGACAACUCAAAGUCAGAUCUUAAUGAAGCUAAACCCUGUAAGGUGAUAAACAAGAACACCGAUUUUGCUGAUGAUAAUUUGCCUGAUGAUAGUGUUGAUGAGGAAGAGCAAGAGAGUGAUGAGGACAAUAUUGUAAUUAACAUUGUGGGCCGACCAAGUAAAAAGAGGGUCGCUUCAUUUGAGGAUUGGGGCCAGAAAACAACUACUGCCAAUCAGAAUUCCCUGUCAAAAGAGUUCGAAUCUUCAAGUAAAGUUACUUCCACAAAACCUGGAAGCAGUAAUAAGGAAAAACCUCAUCCUGACAAGAAGAGAAAGCAACACCUACAUGAUAUUACACCUUCUAAAAAGAAGUCAAAGAAAGGGGGUCCACUCGGCAGCACAGAUAAUCCAAUCAGUGUAAACACAAAGCCAAAAGAAACAAAAUCUGCUUCAAUGCAAUUAACUUCCGAUGUCCCACAUCCACACAAGUCAGCAUGGAGAGACCUGACGAGCAACAAGGAAAGUACUGCUUUCUGCAUCUCAGACAUUUUGUCGAACCCUAAUCCCGAACCUGAACCUGAACCUGAACCAAGAUCCGAUCCUCUGCCCCCAGCACCCCACUCAAAUGGAGAUCUUGGUCAUGAAGACCAAUCAAAUGAAGAUGAUAAAGAUAUGUCAGAACUCACUGAUGCUCGAUUGGCAAAGCCGAGUGGGUCUGAGGAUAAAUAUGCCAGGGGUCCUUUCUGGCGGCAAAAGUCAUCCUGGUUACAAUUGAUUGCGGACACAAAUAAAAGCGCAUUCAAUAUCUCACAAAUCUUACCCGGAGCGAAUUUUGAAAAACCGGAGAUCCUAAAAUCAGGUAACGAUGAAUUUUCAAAUUCGAGGAUUGGAAUUGAAGACAGUGGAAAAUGCCAUGGAGGAGCUAACGAGGGCUUUCAGUCUCACGGCACGCCCAGAAAUCAAACUGUGGAUUUUUUGACCGAGGAGCCGAACCCUACUGGUUUAGACGGUGAAAAAAUGGAUUUUGAGUCAAAGUCAACAGUGGAAGAGAAGGAUGAGGCUUCUGUUCCAGAGCACGUUAGUAGUAACCCGUUACAGUGUAGUCGAGCUGUGCCAGAGAUAGUCAUAAGCGAGACGUGUCCUUUUAUGAGAAGUGAUGCCUCCAUGAAAGAGUGGGCCAAGACUAAGGCUGCUGUAAGUGGAAAACUGAAGAAAGACGGUAAGGGAAAGGAACGUGCCCGGGGCUAG